AUGCCAACGACGGGUAUGGCGUACGGGUCGGAAUACGGCGCCGAUUCGAGGCCACAAACUCAGGGUUUCGGGGGCUACAACACGGGUAUGAUGAUGUACAACGUGCCUCAGCCGAACACGCAAACUCCAGUCUAUGACGCUCAACAAUUCGGGCAACGGCAGCAGGCAGCAAUGCAGAUGAUGGCACCGGAUGUCACCUCAGCAUACUUUAAUCCCGAAGCAGGGAGCGCGGCAGCAGCAAGCAUGCAGCACCCGGGCCAGGGGGGCAGCGCAUCAGCUGGAGUAUAUCAGCAGGGCCAAUCCAUGAGUUACGCGGGCAGCAUGCCUGGUACAGGCGCCAUGCAGCAGACAUCAGGAGCCGCGGAUUCCGCCAUGGGAGAAGGGCAAGACUAUGCUACGUCUGGGCUUCAAGAGAAGUGGCAAAACUACCAACGACAACUAGGAUCCGUUUUUCAGGACAUAUCAUCUGUUUCGUUGGAGAGAGCCGCCGAAACCCUUCUCAACAUCUCUGGGUGGUUGCUCACGCAAGUGGCAGAAUUAGGGCUCAGCCAAGAUGACGCCAGCCUUCACGCCGAGAGAAUAAAACUGUGGAACGACUUUAACCACGCGUGGUUAGCCCUCUGCUUUCGACAAAAAGAAAUCAUGUCAUCAGGUCAGCAGCUGUCGAGAUCACAGCAGGUCAUGUCGCAGGACACAAUAAAGAAAAUGGGCGACGAGCUUGUUCGGCUUUGCGAUGGUAUCGAGAGCCAUGGUUUAGUUGAUUAUCAGUACGGCGUGUGGGAGGACCGAAUCGAGACAGUUCUUGAAGAAUGUCUCGAUCUCUACGACUCCCUCGAAGCGGCCGCUGGCACAAGUGGAGGAUCUCGCUGA